AUGCCUGCCUUUGGACGUGGCGGAGCGGGAAACAUCGAGGCCCUCAAUGCGACAAAGGCAACCAAUGCGACAAACGAGAAGAUUUCUGCGGACCUCGAGCGCAACCAACAAGAUGCCGAAGACUACGCUGGCACCGCACACCCAGCUCUUCACAAUCAAGAAUAUGCACACACAGGAAGGGGCGGAGCUGGAAACUACUACUCGCCUCGCGAGCUCAAGGCUACCGGCAAGUUUGAGGGGGCAGACACAAGCCAUGUUCUAGGCGAUGGCACGCCUGCUCCCAAGUCAGACCAGGAGAAGGCCAAGGAGACGACGGGUAUUCGCUACGGCAGAGGAGGAAUGGGCAACUUCUUUGGCGGUGACGACGAGGCAGCGAACAAGUUGAGGGAGAAGCAUGAGGACGAGGCACGAAAGCAGGAAGAGCUGAAGCAGCAGAUCGAGAGGGGUGUCGACGGUGUGCUGUCUCGUCCUGAGAAGGCACGUCUGCCUGGUGGUGAGCCUUUCUAG